AUGGCUGCUAAAGGCAAAAAGUCACAGAAGAAAACAAACAGAAAGGAGCUUGUUUCUGUCAAGAGCAAAAAGAAUGAUGAUAUUCUGAGCGAGUCACAGAAGAAACCAAACAGAAAGGAGUUUGUUUCUGUCAAGAGCAAAAAGAAAGAUGAUAUUCUGAGCGAGUCUGAUAUAGAAGAGGAAGAACUGGAAGAACAGAGUGUUGAUAGUGAUGAAGGUGGGGAUUCAGGGUUGGAAAUUUCGUUGGAUGGGGGUGAUACAUUGGCUCGCGAUUUUUUAGAUGGAAGCGAUGAUGAAGCUAUAGAUGCAGCAAAUAUUCUUAUACAACAAGAGGGGCAAGAUGAACUACAACUUAACAUCAAAGAACAACCUGAUGAGUUUCGAUUGCCAACACAAGAGAUGUUUCCACCCGUUGAACUUAUGGAACUAAUUGAAGCUUUUGAAAAGCCUAGGCCUAUCACCCUACGCAUCAACACAUUAAAGACAAGGAGACGCGAUUUGGCUGGUGUUUUGUUGAAUAGAGGCAUCAACUUGGAUCCAUUAAGCAAAGUUGUUGAAGAAGCUUACAAAGGAGUCGAUUGUGGAGAUGGAGGCCCUUUUGGAGCAGUGGUUGUUUAUCCAACUGCACAUGCUGAAGUUACAGCAUGUAAAAAGCUGAACCAAAUUGAGCUCUCGGACUGUGAGAUAUACGCCUCAUGUGAGCCUUGUCCAAUGUGCUUUGGUGCCAUUCAUCUUUCAAGAAUUAAGUUGAGAUAUGUUGCUGGAGUGAAGGAUAUGUUGGAUAAUUAUUUCAUGGGAGAAGAGUUUCCACCCCAACAUUACAUUGUGAAGGAGGCAUCACAGUUGCAUGGAAAUGCAAAUAAGAAAAAAACCCAUGGAGACAAAGGAUGA